CGAAUCAAAAGGGUUGAAGUGAAGUCGACUCACAGUUUAUUUUAUCGGUUUUAUCUGGGCGUGAAUUUUUCUCUCGAAAGAUUGUACGUUUAGCAAGUGUAGUAUGUGAGACAAAUGGUAAAAAAUACGAAAUAUGUUCAUUCCAGAAGGAAAAGGAAGUUCUUAAGAUAGCAGUCAUGUUGCAAUGAAAAAUAAACGCACCAUAGCAUAACCUGGACGACUUCUAAAGUGCUCUAUCAAUUGUACCUGUGCAUACACUUGUGAACCUGUGAAAGCUAACGUGGAACUUGAAACAUGAAAAGAAACAUGCUUGUUAUGUGUGAUAAAAGUGAAUAACAUCUUAAUAACGUUUAUAUCUUCGAAUAAAGCUCAAGUGCCGCGAUGAGAGAGUGAGGCCUAAAUAUUACUAAAGGGAAGCUAUGGUGCACUUCCUUACUUGCAUCGGACAGAGCUGAUACGCAGAAAUAAUUACAUCGGCGACAAGUUUAUCCAUUGAUUGUGAUUUUCUUGAUUAGUUUCUACCCUAUUCUCACCAUGGCCCUUGUUUAAAAAAAUGUGUUCUGUAAAAUCCCUGUAAUGCAAUCAGUUGGAGGGUUAAACAAAACUUUGGAAUGUGCAGACUGCAAGACAUCUUUUACUUCUGCAUCUUUACUUUUGAAGCAUUUUGCUGAGCAUAUUAUAGACCAAGCAACAGAAACAGAACUAAGUUUCAAUAAUGAAAGCGGAAAUACUACCACACAUAAAAAAAUUAAAUUGUCAUUAUUACAAGCAAAGAAAAAAGAAAGGAAGGAAAGUAUUCUGGAAACUGUCUUGCGUCAGUCUGCUAUUCAGUGUUGUAGAUUGAAUGAAAAACUGCCACCUGUAAGUAGUCUUCAGAAUGACAUAACAUCUUAUAGCAAUACAUCAUCAUCUGAUUCGUUUAAAUCUUCAAACAGUCAGAAUUGUGUCACCAGAAACUUGGGUGUCACAAGUUGUGUGAAAGUGGAGGAUGUUGCGCUUCCAGAUGAUAUGGUUCUAGAAAUAGGGCAGAGAGCAAAAGCAAAGCAUAAGUUUUCCAAUGACAUGACACUAGUAAAAUUUGAUCUUCAGAAAAGACUGGAAAAUUGUGUGUCAAGGUUAGCCCUGAAACGAGGAUAUAAAGAAGAAAUAUCCAAAAACUGUCCUGUGAAUCACAAGCAAGAAAAAUCCACUCCUGUUAAAAUAAAUGCUCUGCCCUUGAAUAAAGAAGUUACCAAAAAAUGUGAAGGAGAGGAUUUCAGUCCCUUAAAAUUUUGUGUGGUCACUUUAGAAGAUGGUGUAGAGAAAGAAGAUGCAGGAUCAGUGGUUAGUGCUACUAACAAGCUAUGCAUUUCAAAGCCUUUGAAAGGAGCAUCAAAUAGGAAACAACUAAUGCCAAAGAAAAUUCAUCGUCCCAAAGAGGACUCUGCAAGUGAAGUUUUGAAAACUGAAGUUUUAUCUAUAUCUGACAAUAAGAAUUGUCAGAAACCCUCAACCAAGAGAAAGUAUUUGUGCCACGUAUGCUCAAAGUCAUUUGGCUGGUCUACUGACCUCAAGCGGCACAUUCUCACUCAUACAGGUGAACGCCCAUUCAAGUGCCAAAUGUGUGAUGCCACAUUCACACGCAACUUUCUUUUGCAAAAGCAUGAAAGCAGGGUUCAUAGCUUAGAUAAUGUAGAUAACAGGUUUACUCAGGAGGAAGUUGGAGAGUCUGUCAAGUCAGCUGGUAAUAACAAUGAAAUGCUACCAAAAGAUUCAGAGAAGCAAAUAUUGCCUGGAAGAGGUCAACAAAAUAAAGUUUGGAAAAAUAAUCGAUUAUUAAGUGACAAUAUGAAAGAUUCUCUUGUUGCAAGUUUGAAUGAAACAUGUGAUAAAUAUGUCCCUGCAAAAAGAAAAUUGCAAUGUGAGGAGUCAUCAUUUGACCAUUUCCCACAGAAAAUCCAUCAUUUUGUGAGGCCUAUGUGUCCUGUAGAGAAAGCAGGAGGACCAGGAAGAAGGGAAGUGUGGAUCUAUCCUGAUCUCACCGUUAAUGCAGCACCUCUGGAUGAACUAUCUGCACUAAAUGAAAACAUGGCCAUUUUUAUUUUAGCAUCUGGAAAAAUGUGA